UGGGCGGUGAGUUCACUUUCUCCUAAAAGGGUGUCGGGGGCUAUCUUUUCCUUUUCAUGCAAGGACAAUCUACUCGAUAAACGCGAAGAAGAGAGAGAGAGUUUAAGUUAAGCGUUUUUGAAAAGUUGCUUGUAGCAUUGUGGUGAUUUACAGUCGGAGACGGAGAAAGAAAGAGGUAGUAAACACUACUCUCCAACACAACACAAACACACAAACAUGUUCGAUGGAGCACCAGACCAGUUCCACCAAUUCAUAGCACCAAGGACCACUCUUCCUCUCCACCUGUCUUUCCCUCUCCACCAUCAUGCCUCUUCAACCCCUCCUCCAAAUACCUUCCUACCCUUUGAUCCAUAUAACCCUUCUUCUCAUCAUCUCUUGCCAUCACUCCAAACCAAUCAUCUCUUGCACCCCCCUACUACUUCCCCCACCCACAAACACGAACAAGACAAGGUUAUUGCUCCAAUCGUCAACAACAAUGAAGAGAUUCAAAGAGAUCAAAGACAAUUACCAGAUCAGCUAACCGAUUCCUGGACCAACGAUGAAGUGCUUGCACUUUUCAGAAUCAGAUCUAGCAUGGAAAAUUGGCUCCCAGAGCUCACAUGGGACCAUGUCUCAAGGAGGCUAGCAGAGGUUGGGUUUAAGAAGAGUGCUGAGAAGUGCAAGGAGAAGUUUGAAGAUGAGAGUAGAUAUUUCGACAACAUCAAUAACUACGGCAAGAACAAUUUCCGGUUCCUUAUUAGCGAGCUGGAGGAGCUUUGUCAAAACUCUGAUCCUGGUGCUCAUGAUCAUAAUGGGGUUGUAGUGAGGAGUGAAAAGACUCACCACCUAGGAGGACACGCAUUGGAAGAAAAUUCGAGAGACAUUGAAACAACUACAGCGACCAAACGAUGUGAUAUUGGAAGUGACACAGUGGUGGAGAAGUCAAAUUCAAAGGUGCGCAAGAGGAAGAGGCGUGAUAGGUUCGAAAUGUUCAAGGGUUUUUGCGAGAGUGUUGUCAACAAGAUGAUGGCUCAGCAAGAAGAGACUCACAACAAGCUCCUCGAGGACAUGGUGAAAAGGGACCAAGAGAAGUUCGCCAGAGAAGAAGCUUGGAAGAAGCAAGAGUUGGAUAGGAUGAAAAAGGAGCUUGAGAUUAUGGCACAAGAGCAAGCCAUUGCCGGGGAUAGACAAGCCACCAUAAUUGAAUUCUUAAAGAAAUGUGCAACAACAACAAUAACUUCAUUAUCCCCUCCAAGCCAAAAUGCCAAGUACUACAUCACAAAUGAUUCAAAUCUUCCAAAUUGUGCAUCGCAUUCGCAAAACCCUAAUAAUCCUUCCAAUGAAGACAACAAUCUUGAGCCAACACCUUCUUCUAAAAUGAUUCAAAAUCAUGGCCAAACUACGUUGGGAGCAGAAAACCCUAGCACAAGUGACACAUUAUUACAAGUUCCUUCUUCCUCCAACUCUUCCCCAACAACCCACAACCCUAGUUCUUCACUCAAUAGCCACAAUAACAUUAUCCCACUAGAGUCAAAUUCAGUUUCGACAUACAAGCCCACCUCAACAACCCCUAUGGCCAGCAGUGAGAAUUCGAAAGAUGAUAUUGGGAGAAGAUGGCCAAGAGAUGAAGUGUUAGCACUGAUAAACCUAAGGUGCACAAGUCUAAGCAGCAAUGAAGAGAAAGAAGGAAACAAGGGUCCUCUGUGGGAGAGAAUCUCGCAAGGGAUGUCAGCGCUGGGAUACAAGAGAAGUGCAAAGAGGUGCAAGGAGAAGUGGGAGAACAUAAACAAGUACUUCAGAAAAACCAAGGAUAAUGUUAAUAAGAAAAGGUCCCUUAACUCUAGGACAUGUCCUUAUUUCCAUCAACUGAGUUGCUUGUAUGGUCAAGGAAAAAUCGUGCCGCAGUCAGAAAGGGAAGGGAACUACUGCUUGAAUCCAACCCCGAAUUCCGGUCAAGUGCCACCGGAUGAUGAUCAUCAAGUCCAAGACGAUGAGUCUUCUCAAGUGGGGUCUGCUGGUUUGGUUCAGUAUGCAUGUUGAUCAUGCAGUUGUGCAUGGUGGAUGUUUGGAGGAGAACACUAGAAGAGGGGGACCGUUAUUUUUUUAUUUAAAUAUGGAAAAUUAUAAUACAUUUUAGAAUAAGAACAAAGAACAAUUGAAAUAUAUGAUAAUUUAAUUUCUGUUAACUAUAAUGAUAUUGUCUUAUUUAAAACACUCAAAUAACAAAGAUAUAUAAAAUACAAAAUUUACUCUCUAUUUUCUUGGUUUCUAAAUUCCUCCAUUCAAACAUGUACAGUAAGAUAUUUAAUUGUAGCAUUUUGGUCGAUCUUAACAUAUGUAAGAUCAUCGAAGAAUAAAGACCGAGGUGCAUUUAGAUAUUUGAGUUUCUUAUGCUGUGGGUGCUCUCCAA